CAAACAUAAAAAAAAUAGCUUGGACUGUUCAAUGGAAGCAAAAUAAUGCAGCAGAUCUUCAUCAUCUUCCAAUCCCCAGUAUUCAACCAUGUCAGCCUCCAUGUUCAUAAUCCUCAUACCAAUUAUACUCUCCUUCUUCUUCUAUCCCAUAUUUCUUGAAGCACAGAGUGGGCAUCUUCCUCAAGAUGAAUUAAACGCACUUAAGGAAAUAGCAGAUGAAGUGGGGAAGAAAGAUUGGGAUUUUAGACUAAAUCCUUGUGAAAACAACUCAAACUGGUUGACACCAGAGAGGAAAGAUAUGCCUGCGUACAAUAAUACUCUCACCUGCAAUUGUACCUUCCCUGCUGGAAUUUGCCAUGUUCAAAGCAUAAUUUUGAAGGGACAGGAUCUGCAAGGUGUUCUUCCUCCUGCCUUGGUGAAGUUACCCUUUCUUAAGAUAAUUGAUAUCAGUCGCAGCUACUUAAGUGGUACAAUCCCCCCUGAAUGGGCUUCUAUGAAAUUGGAAUAUAUAUCUGUUACUGUGAAUCGAUUGUCGGGACCAAUUCCGAAAUACUUGGGAAAUAUAACAACUCUUGUAUAUUUAAACUUGGAGAACAAUAUGUUCAAUGGAACUGUUCCACCAGAGCUUGGGAAACUUGCCAACCUACAGAAUCUCAUUCUUAGUGGUAAUUAUCUAACAGGUGAAUUGCCAAAAGAACUUAAUGCUCUCACAAAUUUGAUAGAGUUUAGGCUAAGCGGGAAUAACUUCACUGGAAAAAUGCCUAGCUUUCAAGGUUUUAAAAACCUUCAACAACUAGAGCUUCAAGCAAGUGGUUUUGAAGGACCCAUACCUCAAAAUAUUUCUGUACUGACAAGCUUGAUAGAACUUAGAAUCAGUGACCUUAAUGGAGGUGUCUCCAGGUUUCCUGCACUUGACAACAUGACAGGCAUGGCAAUGUUGAUGUUGAGGAGGUGUAAUAUUUCUGGAAGGAUACCUGAUAUAGCUCAUUUGAUCAACUUGAAACAAGUAGAUUUGAGUUUUAAUAAUCUGGAAGGAGGGAUUGAUGUUUUUCAACCUUUUGAAAAUCUGCAGUACUUGUUUCUAACGAACAACUCGUUUAGUGGACAAAUUCCUCAAUGGGUUCUAAAUCGAGACUCAAGAUAUUACAUAGAUAUUUCAUACAAUAAUUUUGAUGAGAAUUUUGUGUCAUCAACUUGCAAUCGGGAAACCAUAAACUUGUUCAAAAGUUAUAAUGGAGGACAAAACGGAAAAAUUGGGAAGUGUCUAAUGAAUUGCACGAAAGAUUGGUAUUCAUUUCACAUCAAUUGCGGUGGAAGCAGUAUUUUGAUUGAUGACACUACUUAUGAAGCAGAUCAAGAUUCUACCGGCGUUGCAAAAUUUGAUUCGAACAGAGAAAACUGGGUAACUAGUAAUACAGGGUACUUUUGGGAUACGUCUAUAAGACUAGAUGGCUAUACAACAACAAAUAUGUCUGCCAUAAAGGGACCAGACUCCGAAAUCUACAAGACAGCUCGCUUAUCCCCUUUAUCUAUGACUUAUUACGGACGUUGUUUAGCAAAUGGGAACUAUACUGUGAAGCUUCAUUUUGCAGAGAUAGUUCUGAGAGAUAAUAGAUCUUUUCAAAGUCUUGGAAGGCGCAUAUUUGAUGUUUAUAUACAGGGCGAAAGGAAAUUAAAGGAUUUUGAUAUUGAAACUGAAGCGCAAGGAGUUGACAAAGCAUUGGUUAAACAAUUUCAAGCAAUUGUCAGAAAUAAAACUCUUGAGUUGCGCUUUGAGUAUGCUGAAAAAGGAUCAACAGUAGUCCCACUCCCAGGAACAUAUGGCCCUUUAAUAUCUGCUAUUUCUGUUGAAUCUGAUUUCAAGCCUCCCAAAAAUAGAAGGACUUUAAUCAUAGCUGUUACAGUAGCUGCUUCUUUGUUUCUUAUUUUCAUAAUCCUCAGUUUUGCUGGUUGGAAAAUCUACAUUAAAAAAAAGACCUCACAAGAACAAGGCCUUGAUCUACGGAUUGGUCUAUUUACCUACACACAAAUUAAAGAUGCUACAAACAACUUUGAUACUGCAAAUAAGAUCGGGGAAGGUGGUUUUGGGCCUGUCUACAAGGGUUCAUUAUUAGAUGGUACGAUUGUUGCAGUGAAACAACUCUCAUCCAAAUCAAGACAAGGGAAUCGUGAAUUUAUGAAUGAAAUAAGCAUGAUUUCUUGUUUGCAACACCCUAAUCUUGUAAAACUUUAUGGGUGUUGUGUUGAGAGAAAGCAAUUACUGUUGGUGUAUGAGUACUUGGAAAACAACAGCCUUGCCCGUGCUCUUUUUGGUCCAGAAGAUUCUCAACUGAAAAUAGAUUGGCCUACCAGAUAUAGAAUAUGUGUCGGUGUUGCAAAAGGUUUAGCUUUCCUGCAUGAAGAAUCGGAAAUAAAAAUUGUUCAUAGAGAUAUUAAACCCACCAAUGUGCUUCUUGACAGAGAACUCAAUCCAAAAAUUUCUGACUUUGGUCUUGCUAAACUUGAUGAUGAUGACAAGACACAUAUUAUUAGUACAAGAGUUGCUGGGACAAGAGGAUACAUGGCUCCUGAAUAUGUAUUGUGGGGCUACUUAACAUUCAAAGUUGAUGUCUAUAGUUUCGGAGUGGUGACAUUGGAAAUUGUAGCCGGGAAGAACGUGGAGUAUCGCCGUGAUGAGAAUUGUCUUUGCCUCCUUGAUUGGGUACUUGAUCUUCAAAAACAAGGAAACCUAAUAGAGCUAAUAGAUCCAAGAUUGGGUUCUAAUUUUGACAAAGAACAAGCACUCAGAGUGAUUAAAGUGGCUUUACUUUGUAUUAAUCCUUCUCCAGCCCUUAGGCCAUCCAUGUCUGAAGUAAUCAACAUGCUUGAAGGUCAUGAAGAUAUUAUUGAAUACAAUACCGAUCUACACGAAUUCAACUUUCAAGCAAUGAGAGAUCAUUAUGAUCAAUUGCCAAUCAACUUAAGUGAUUCUCCAUACCAAGCAAUUCUUUCUUCCGAUGCAAAUUAACAAUGAAAAAUUGCAUCGAAAUUAGACUUGUAAGUCCGCAGAGGUAGUUGAUCAAGUUGUAGAUUAUGGGAAAGGACACAUCAUCAAACCUUUACAACCAUAAUAUGGGGGGCUCACUAGGCAUUGGACCUCCCACCUAAGAGGUCAUUGAGUCAUCGUGAUUUACCAAUUCAUCAUCUUGACGAGCCAGGAUGGGGGAACCCUUGGAACGAGAUAAUUUUAAUUUUCCUUUAGCAAAUGUACAUAUUGCUGUCUUUAUAUUUUGAAGAUAUAUUUUCAGUAACUAUAAAUUCCAAUUUUGUGGAUUAUUAUAUUAGUAUUAAUAUUAUUAUGUGUUUCAUGCACAAAA